UGGGUGAUGGUCACAUCAGGCAUGAUGCGUGUCCGGAAAAUCUUUGCGCGCUGGGCAGAAAUAAGCUUCAGAACUCCGGUGUCGAUCCAUCGGCAGAUUGGUUCCAACGACUCGAAGUUCUCCCGCUGUUUACUGUCGAUUUAAAUGCAGCGUGCACAGGAACCGAGGAUUCUGGUAUUUGCUCGACAGCUGGACGGCCCUGGAGGAGGACAGUAUGCAUGUUUGUGUGUGUCCCAGUUGGAGCAUGAGCUCAGUUCAGAUGGGAAAAGGCAGCGUGGUGAGCUUGUUCAGCUGUGCAAGGGCUUGGAGGGUUAAAUCCUGCCGAGGCUCUCACACACAUACUGUGACCAUGGACUCUUUCUCACAUUCACACAAUGAGGCUGAGAUGCCUGGGGCUGAAGCUGGGGCCGUGGGCUCUCGGUUCUCACACUCCGAAACCAGCACUUCAUCUUUGCCGGGGCCUCAGACGCAGUCCUUGUCGUGGUACUGGGAGUGGCGGGCCACUCCACCGCGCCACCAUCGCCUUCUUUCCACUCAGCAUCAACAUCUCCUUUGCUGAACUAUGAAGAUCCAUGGAGUUCAACUGCUGAAAUCAUCAGACCUUGGUCGUCAUAGCCUGCUGUAUCUGAAGGAGAUCGGACAUGGCUGGUUCGGAAAGGUUCUGUUGGGUGAAGUCAACGCAGGGCUCAGCACCACCCAGGUGGUGGUUAAGGAGCUGAAGGCCAGUUCCAGCGUCCAGGAUCAAAUGCAAUUCCUGGAAGAGGCCCAACCAUACCGAACGCUCCAGCAUGCUGCCUUGCUGCAGUGCCUGGCACAGUGUUCAGAGGUCACUCCCUAUCUGCUGGUCAUGGAAUUCUGCCCUCUGGGAGAUCUGAAAAGUUACCUCCGCAGUUGCCGGGCUUCUGAUUCCGAGACCCCUGACACUUUAAUCCUGCAGAGAAUGGCGUGUGACAUUGCUUCAGGGCUUCUGCACCUCCACAAAUACAACUUCAUUCACAGUGACCUGGCCUUGAGAAACUGCCUGCUAACAUCAGAAAUGUCUGUUAAGAUUGGAGACUAUGGGCUUUCCCACAGCCGAUACAAGGAUGACUACUAUGUAACACAGGACCAGAUUUGGGUGCCUCUGCGCUGGAUUGCACCUGAGCUCAUUGAUGAGGUCCAUGGAAACCUUCUGGUCGUUGAUCAAACUAAAAGUAGCAACAUAUGGUCGUUGGGAGUGACCAUGUGGGAGCUGAUAGAGCUGGGAAACCAGCCGUACCGACACUACUCCGACAGACAGGUGUUGACGUACGCUGUGAAGGAACAGCAGCUUAAACUUCCCAAACCUCAACUCCAGUUCCCUCUGGACGACCGCUGGUAUGAGGUUAUGCAAUUCUGCUGGCUGCAGCCAGAGCUCAGGCCCAGUAGUGAGGAAGUGCACCUUCUGGUCACGUACUUGUGUGCCAAAGGCUCUAGUGAUGCCGAGGAAGACUUCGAGCAACGUUGGAACACCUUGAGACCCAACUUGCUUGGCAGCACCUCCCACACAUCUGCGUCCACAGCCCUAGCCUUCACCCCCAAAGCUUCGUCCGCUGACGUACCCAGUGCAGACCAAACACAGGUGGUGGAGCUGGCCUCCUCCGCUUCGUCCUCUUUCCCUCUCCUGGAGCACUUCUCUGACAGUUUCCACUCCGACACAGGGGAUGACCUGCUGACCGUCACAGAAACAAGCCAUGGUCUAAACUUUGAGUAUAAAUGGGAGCAGGCCCGAGCCGAGCAGCCCUACUGCUCCUCCUCCACCAGUGGCCCACUGGGCCGGGGUAACCCACACUACCAGGAUAUCUACUACUCAAGCAAAGAAAGUACCUCAAGGGGCUGCAAAACUGACAGUCUGACCUCAAGCACGUCUCCAUCCUAUUAUGAACCUGAGCACACAGGAGUUGUCCCGGUGUUGAGUGCCCACAGCCCCUCAGUCAGCAGCGAGUACUACAUCCGUAUAGAGGAGCCCGUGCAGUGUAACAUUCAACUGGAAGACAGCAUCGUGGACUACAGCCCGGGACUGGAAGCCAGCAACAGCAGAUUGUCCUCCGCUAGUAGAAGCGGUUCAUGCACGGCACAGCCAAAUGCUUACUGGUCUACUGCUGACAGCACCAGAUCAGAUGCCUAUGACUCCGAUUCAAGUCCCACCAUCCAACUCACCAUGCAGCCACUGCUGAGACAUUCGUCCAGCACGAGUCCCGUCAAUUUAGGGCACUUUCAUAAUUGCCUUCCACCAGACUGCAAUGACACAGUCUACUGCAAACAUGCAGCAGCAGCAGCAGCAGCAGCAUGCAGGUCCCGUGGGCAGUCCUGCUUGCUUGUACCGGAAACAUCACCAGAGUCCCAUUCGAACCUUGUCCACCUCGAGAGCCAGUUAGAAAACCCACGCAGCUUAUCACAUGCGGUAAGCAGUCCAAGCUUAGGAUUCUGUGAUCCUUACCUCGAGGCAAACACAGACUGCAGCACAGUUCCUGAAAGAUGCCAUAAUAUAAUAGGUCCCCUCAAGAAGACUCUCCCCAUUGUGAACCACAUCAACCUGGACGUAGGAACGGACGACGGUCUGCUGUUGGGUCGGCAGAGAAGUGGAGAGAUUGAAGAUGACUUAUUCUCAGAGGGAGAGGCCACAAACUGGAUCUCAAAUCAUUCGGCGAAUAAUAACAGCCUGAGCUUCGAUGGCAGGCAGACGGGCAGUGGAAGCGACAUCUAUCUGGAUCUCCAGUCAAACACGACAGCUUUGUGGUCUUUGACCAAGGCCACAACGAGAACCUUCCACAGUUCUAAGGCAGGCGGCACCGCGGAGGGCACGGGGGAGGACUCCGUUUGUAGCGCUGCUUGCAAGCCCACGGGUUUAGGCUCAUACAUUCACCUGUGCCACAAUGAGGGAGAGGAAGCUGUAACACAAGUGGAAAGGCACGGCAAUGUGGAUAUGUUACGAAGCACUAAUACUCUCACCAGCUCAAAUAUAAAUACCCAAGGUACAGCGGGUGGACACAUGGAGGGCAACUAUGAAUCAUUGCUUAAUAGAGAGAGGAUGUAUUCUGUGAUGACACCUGAGCUGAGUUAUAUUAAGGCUCCAUCAUCUAUGAAGGAACCUCAGCUAAGAGUUUUGUCAGAUAAGCAAAGACAUGAUGCCUGGGAAGGACUUUCAGCAGGAAUAUCCAUCGGCCUGGGCCCCAAGAGGCUGGGCUACACAGAAACAUCAGAAAGCAGCAGAGCAUUAGAUAGCGGCGUUGGGGUUCGAGACACCAGCAGCUGCCUGGUCGAGCUCGGUGACUACAGUGAGGACGACGAUGAUAUCACAGAUAUUACAUCAGGGAUCUUUGCAGACUUUAACCUCGACUAUAUUGAGGUAGAGGAUGAUGAUCUCAGCCCGAAGAAAAUUCCAGAGGGGACCCCUGACUCUCUGGACACCACUAACCCAUUGUCAUCAGUGGCAAGCUCCUGUGACCAGGCAUUCAGCCCAGAUCCUUUCAAUACUCCCAUCUUGCCCAAAUCACUGGAUAGUGGUUACGACACAGAGAACAACGAAUCUCCAGAGUUUAUAUUUAAAGAUCUGGGAGAACCCCUGGGCGGAGAGAGGAGUCCUCGGCUGGGCGGAGAACCUGACAUGGUUCAGCAGGUGGGUUUAGGGCAAUUGGUGUGUUCGUCUACAAGCACAUCAGAGAUCCACGCCAAGGGCCUGACCGACAAGAAUCCGUACAGAGAUUCAGCUUAUUUCUCAGACUACGAUGUUGAAAAUGAGAGGAGUCCCCAAGAGGAAGGCGACGAGUUCUUUUCAAGUUCAAGAAACCGAUUCUGCCCCGCUGAGAAUUUGAGCUCUAUAGGAGACAAUUCUGUUGAAAAUCGAUUCAACAAUGAGCGACACUUAACAAAUUUGAGAAACAUCAAGAAUUACAUUUUGGUAAAUAACUCAGAGGAUGACUCUAGUUUGCCACAGUCUUCUCCCCCCCCUGGGUUGUCCAUGCUGUCCCCAUUCCCUCCACAGAUGGGUGGGUGUCUGACCAAAGAGUCUGCCCCUGCUGACGAUGAUCUCGGGUUGGAGACCGAGCAUCCAGAGGAUGAGCCCGCAUCCGAGCUCAACUCCUCCUCCGGGUCAGAACCCUCCUCCGUGGUCCAGGAGGCAUCAGCCAACCUUGCAGAGCGGGGAAGAAGAGCAGAAGACUGCUCCUCCAUCCAAUCAUUGCUGUCCGACUGCAUAACCGAGUACAGAGAUGAACCCCACAAAGAAGGUGAAAAUAGCGACGGAUCCACGGAGGAGGAGGAGUUGCCCGAAUGCAAUCACGUCAACGAGGAGAAAGAAAACAUACCGGAGGGCGUGAGAAUCAAUGAGGACGAUUUUGAAGACAUCGAUGCAGAAGAAUGUGACAGCCUAUGCGAAGAAUCUAACGGCCAUCACGAUCUUUCCACUUCCUCGUCGCUGUUGGAGCUGUGCGGAGAAGAUGUGAGAGCUCCUUUGGAGGAGGCUGAGGAUGAAGAUGAUUCGGAUGAUAGCGAGUCUGAUGAAGAGCUGAGGACAUACAACAUCCAAGAGGAAGACAGCGAGGACAGCGAGGAGGAUUUCACCACAGUGCCGGUGGUGGUCAGUGACUGCAGCAGGGCCAGACACCUCCGCAGCCUCCUGAAGAUGCCCACCCUGCUCACCCAGUCCUUCUGUGACGAGUUGGAGAGGAAGAAAAAAGCCGUUUCCUUUUUCGAUGAUGUUACAGUGUUCCUUUUUGAUCAGGAAAGCCCCACUGGAGAGCUGGCCGACUGUUCAUUUUCCACAGGGGUUGAGUCCAGUGAGCAGGAAGCUUCAGACUCGGAGCUGGAGGUUCAGUCCUGUGAUACCAACACUAAGGAAGGAAAUGCAAACACCUCGGAGGAGGGUGGGAGUUAUAUAUGUGAAGAUGACUGCACUUUUAAGCCCCAUCCAUCCUCACCUCACAGCCUCCCUGAACCUGCGUACUCAUCCACACCCACCUCCAACAGCCCUGAGGCUCCUAAACCUGCCCCUGUGGAACUAAACCGGUUCAUGGUUUCACGCUUCUCCAUCACACACGUGUCUGACCCCCACACAGGCUCAGAAACAGGGAGCAGUGAAGAUAAUCCAAAAGAUUGAGUGGUCGGUGUCUGAGACCAGAGGAUCCAGUUGUAUUCCACUUCAACACAGAAAGGCAGUGUUAUAAUAUCUAGAUGUUUUCCAUCCAUCCAUCUAUCCUGUUCAGGGUUUGGGGAGGUGUGGGGUAUAAUCCAGCUAUUGUUGGGCAGGUACGCUCUGGAAAGGUCACCACAAGGCCAACACAGAGAUAAACAACCAUGCACACACACCCCUAUAGUCAAUUUUAAGUACCGUAGAUACAUUUAACAUGUUUUUCUUUGUUUUCUUCUUUAACUGCAGAAAACUUGGACACGUGGAGAACACAAACUCCACACAGAAAGAGUCUUAUUUUAAACAACUUUUAGAGGAAUCUGACUCAGUGGUCUUUUAUGAGACAGUGCCUCAUAUUGUAGUGAAAUGAUUUGCACAUAUUUUUUAUUAUUUCACAAAAGCAAGAGCAAUAGCUGCAGGAAUGGCAACCUGAUUGUGACGACCCCACAGACGGGAGACAAAGUCGAAUCACACCGUUUGCAGAAACAAAGAUUAUAUAUGAUAAGUUUUAACAUGAAGUAUACAUAGAAAUAACUUAUUUCCUCUUUGAAGUACCAUUUUUUUUUUGGUGACCUUAACUAUUUCAAUAUGUAAAAUAUUAAAUAACUAUUAAGAAAAAUGCAAAUCAGAAAAAGAAAAGAAGAGGGAAAAAAAGUGUAUUGACAGGAUUCAUAGCUGCUCCCCUCCAUGGAUGCAUUUGCACAUCUUACCAUCCAUAAAGCUUUUUUCUGGAAACUUUGGACUGUUACAGCUCACAUUGUCAGAACUAGAACAUGAUAUUUGAUUACUGUUGAAGAAGAUGUAAAUGAUUUCUAAACAACAACAAAAAAACAACGUAAUUAUCCAAUAGUUAUGGCUGUCGUUGAUCGCGGUCAAAGCUGGAGGUCCUUAAUUUAAUUCCUUCAAGAAUCCUAGUCAAAUCACAUUUAUUGUUGAACACUGUGACUUAAAUGUCCUAUCGGUGGGGUGGGAGGGUCAAGCAGAUCAGGACACGGUCACUACCGCUGCACGGUUCGUUACCAAUACACUUUGCACACAGUCUUGGUUUCUCCUCAUCUCCCCGAUUCUGGAAUAAAAGUAUCCAAAUAUGUGAAUUUCCCAGUCUGCAACCACAAAACCAGCUCGAUAUCCGUUUAAUUUUGUAUCAUCUUCCGUUUACAUUUUUUGUUUACAUUCCACUGCUGAUGAAAUUAUUUUUGGUCAGGACGAAGGUGUUUCCACACAAUUCAGCGGCGUCAACAUAAAUAUGUCAAUCAUAAACCUGGACUGUUGAUUAUCAUCUUUUCUACAAAUUGUCUCAUACACAAAAUACCUAUUACAUUUGUGCUGAACAUGUACAAAUAAAGUCAAUAAGGGGAAAAAAAAAAAAUAUAUAUAUAUAAAAAAAGGAUUUAUCUGGCACAUUGUAUAAAUCUUGUAUCAACAUGUAGCAGGUAGCUUGACUUGAAUUACUACCGCUGUAUCGACAGCUCCCGCCCUCCCUUUAUCCCUCUGUAGCUCUAAGUGCCAAUGUCUUUUCCUCUCACCUUGCCUUUUCAGUUGUGCAAGAAAAUAAAAACAUUGCCAGUAUUUUUGUAUGGGCAUUUCAAAAGAUUAAAUCUAAGAUGACCAUCUCUCAAAUUUGCCAAAGAGAUAUUACAAAGCCCGCUGGCUUAAGUGGCAGAUGCCUUUGGAGAAGGUGGGUUGCUCUCUACACCGUUAGUAGCAUCAUUGCUGUUUCCAUUUGUCCCUCACUCAUGGCUGUUGUACUAUCCCAAAACAAUAAAUCCAAGUUUGUUUUUUCCCUU